ACUAAAAGAGAGACGAACAUGACCCACAAUAUGUACGUGGUGGAUGCUGAAAGACGACGUGAAAUGGAUGCUAGAACUCGAGAGCUUUUAGACAAAGAUUCAAGAGAAAUUCAGACAAUUCUUGUUAUGGGAGGCAUUACAUUUUUCAUCACCAUUGUCAUGUUCCUAUCAAAAAUGGAUAUGUCUGCUGACAAUGUCAUGAAUUAUGCUCCAAUUAUUUGGCUUGUUGGAGUUAUGAUCUUUGGAGCUGUUAUCAAUUUUGUAAAUUAUUACAAAAGCAAGAAACGACAGAAAGAAUUGGAUAGAAUGACUGUAGAAAGUUUAUUGGCGCAUAUGGCUCUUCCAGAAUCUUUCCCAUGUCUUCUACCAGGUCCUCACGAUGAAUGUUGUGGUGGACGAGGAAUCCCUCAGAGACCGUUACCAACCUAUGAUGAGGUUUUAGUGUUAGAUGAGACUCAACAAAAACAUGCAUCAUCACAUGAUAACGGUUCAUUAACUGCUCCACCCGACUAUUCGACAGCAUUGUCGAUGCUUCACAAGACACCUCAUACUUCAAGAACCACCAACUAAUAACAUCUUCGUUGUUAAAUUUGCAUAAUUGUUGUCCAUUUCCUCCUCAUCAUACGGUUUUCACCCCAUUUGCGGGUAUUUUCUCCCAAAGAAACACAU